AUGUUUGCAAGCCUGAGUCUGGUGCAUUGGUUGUCCAUAGCCGAGCGAGCGCAGUACAAACGUGUGUGGUUUGAAUAUGAAAAGAUCUCUGAAUCGGACGAUAAAGCCAUGGAAAUGGGCGCUAUUGGAGGAGACGAGUCGAAGAUACAGCAUGGCCCCAAGCCACGUGCUCCGUUACUGGACUUUUUGCGUGGUCUCUGUCUGGCAUUCAUCGUCUCUUUUCACUUCAUGUGGGACCUCCAAGAGUUCGACAUGUUACCUCAUCCUCCCCCGGCCCACAAGGUCGAUGGACUCCCAAUAAAGAAUUAUAUACUCUUCAUUGUCUACUUUGUCAUCUCCAUCACCUCUUGUCUCACUGCCGCCCUUUACACUCCCUAUUUGGGUUAUGCAUUGUAA